AGUGCAGUAUUCAACAUCAGUCCGUCCGCUGCCGUCGAGGUGGGAGGUACUAUUGUUGCUGUGUUGUGAACCUCGCAGUGUGAGUCUGGCUCUUCUUACUCUCCCAGGUGUUCCAACUCUUGGCCCCCAGGGGCGACUCUUGACCAUCAGGGGCAACUCUUGACCGCCAGGUGUAUUAAACAUCAAGCUAAAAAGCGCCAGAUAAAGCUUUAGCUGCACAAAUACCUUAUAAUUUUGAAGCGAAAGAAAUUUGCAACAUCAGUGUGUUUACAUUUGAUAUUUCGUGCUGGGAGUGAAAUAACAGCCGGGAUGACAGCUAUGAGCUGCGACAGCUGUCUUCAGAGUGCCAGGGAGCUGCUGUCUUGCUAGUAGAAGCGUGUGCUAUCUCAUCUACAAUCUAAACUACUUAGAAGGCCUCAGGACGCUACCACCAUCAUGACAGAGGCAGAAGAAUUGACCAAACAAGUGGACCUCGUAUACAAGAACCUGCUCGACAAGUUCAACCCAGCGGCUAGAACCCUCAUCACGGCUGGAAAGGCGUACCUCAAGGCUCUCCAUGGUGCUAUGUCGGCCUCGAAGCUGUACCUCGAGGCGCUGACGAAAGUAGCAAGGCACUCUCAACAAGGUCUCUGGGGCGGUUCAUCUGAUAUCGGGAUGUGCUUGAUGCAGAUGGUUGACGUGUACAAGGAGGUACAGUCACAACAGAUGAACAUCCUCAAAGCUUUCUACGUCGACCUCUUAGUGCCGCUAGAGACCAACCUUGACAAGGAUACCAAGGUCCUGCAGAGUGAGCAAAAGAAAUUCUUAUCGUCUCACAAGCACCAACUGGAGUCCUACACUAAGGCUGCCUCGCAGGUUAAGAAACACAAGAAGAAAACCAGAGCUAAUAAAGGAGCCAUGGACAAGGAAAUAAAGCAAUACCAGGCACUGGAAGAGGAGAAACUCAAGCUGGACACCUUUGUAGAGAGCAGCCUGCAGAAUGCUGUGACCCAGGAGAGGCGCAGGUAUGGGUUCAUCCUCGAGCGUCAGUGUUCGCUGGCCAAGCACUACCUGGCUUAUCACUCCAAGGGUUCAAACCUCCUCCAACACACACUGGACAACUGGAACGAUGUUGCCAAGACCCGUGAGGUUCUCCCAGAGCGUAUCCUCACCAUGCUGCCCUCGGCUAGACCCAAGGAAGAAGGGAUCUACUCAACUCCAAUGUGUCUAGAGGAUGAUGCCAUGUCUGUGACAUCACAGAUGAGGAAAGCACGGUCUGUUGAUGCUUCUUGCCUCGACCUCAGUAAUGUUGCAGAUGAAAUCCCCUCACGACCUCUAACUCGUGCGAGGUCAGAGUUCAAUCUGGACCAUAGAUUUACUCCGGAACACAUCGUGAUGCGAAGGUCUAUGGCAAUACCGGAGGACAUGGGACGAAGGGCUAUGGCCAGAGCGCUAUACUCCUAUAGCCCUAGUGGUGACAACCAACUCUCAUUCAGUGAUAUGGACCUUAUUGCUCUUAUUGGUGAGAAGAAUAAAGGAUGGCAGUAUGGAGAAAAUUUAAGAACCCAGCGCUGUGGAUGGUUCCCUGUGGCAUACACAGAAAUUAUCCAUGAAGAAGAUGACUCUGCUCUUGGUUCAAUGAGCACACAGCAUCCAAAGAGUAGAAAUAGCAUAGAUGACCCCCAGAGCAUCAACCCAACUGCAGGUGGCAUUGACGGACUCGGUGCGGGUGACGGCACCCAGCUCCCUAUUGCUCACACCCAUCGUUAUCCAUCCAAACACAGGUCUGCCAGUGCUCAUGCGGUGCAGUUCCGAGCCCCUAGUCCCACCGCCGCCUCCAAUGCCAGUACCUCCACUUCUUCCGCGGCCCUUUCAGUGUCACAACCCUCCAUUACUUCUUCCGCCUCUUCCAAAUCAUCACAUGUAGCAUCAUCUCAUGAGACAUUGAGAACCUCCACUACAAUCUCCUCCAGUGUCAACACAGUUCUUUACAACCAUGCAUUUAUGGAACCUCUCCCACCUAGAGUUGCAGCCCCAUCUCUCAAGAAGUCCCCUAGCCAGCCCCAGUCCCAUUCUAGGCCAGGCUCAAAUUCCUUCACUAGUAACACACUCACUCCUGGCUCCUCCAUGACCUUGAGUCGUUCCUUCACAACUGCUGCCGUAUCUUCCCACCUCUCUACACGAUUCCAGAAGAGAGGAAGUGGAAAUUCUUCUUCAUUCCACUCGAGUGAUGAUAGCGGAUUCAGCAAUGAAAGUGGUAGUUUGCGACCUCCAGUCAACCCCGAUGCUGACUAUUCUGAUGAUGAUCUUAAUGGAGUUGCCUCACAUUCCAUGAAUAGUCUCAGCUCGCGGUGGUUGAGCUCUGCUUCAACUGUGCCCUACAUCUCAGAGCCUGUAUCUCUUCCAUGUCUUCAGAACUCUGAGUCAUUCAGUUCCUGCGAGCCACUAUCCCUUCAACACAUUCCACCUCUCCAGGAAUCAACAGUGACGCUCCCAACACCCAGCCGCAGACAUAAGACCUUGAAAUGCAAACAUCAUCGAGAUUUUUCUCUCCCCUCUUUGUCCAUUGACCAUUUUGUCACUAUGGCUCGUAGAAAAUCCAACAAGGCAACUCCCAAUUCUCCCUGUGCCCAGAAGAUUGCUGCUCAACGAGAACGUGGAAAAGAGCAAGGUAAAAGAAAGAGAACUUUACACCGAAGUUCAUCUUUACUCUGCCUUGGGAUGGACAGAUGCACAGGAAUCCUAGAUGAUCUCCAGAGUGCUGACUAUGAGGAUGUUUGGUCCAAAGAUUGGAGACACUCAUCACUCAUAGACCUACAUAUAAAUAUACCAGAUCCUCCACCUUUCGAGGCUCCUUCACCACCAAUUCCUGCUCCCAAUCAAUCAUCUGAUUAUUCAGUUCGACCUCCUAUGCCUAUCCCACAAGAUGAGCAACAGUCACCUAGAUCAUCUACUCACACUAUCACAAGUGACACAUCUCCACAGAACUCAUCAUCUGGAAACAGUACACUGACAGGCAGUGACGAGGAAAAUGAAGGAGAAAUUUAUAUGGUAAUAAGUGAUCAUCGUCAAGAAUUACGAAAAACCAUCACUCGAGCUCGGUCUAGAAAACAGGUGUCCCGCUCUCUUACAUGGGCAUCUCCAGCUCAUCGUUCCAUUUCCUCCCCUCCUAAACUCCCACCAUCUGUUGUCACUAAAUCUUCAAAGAGCACAUUUUCAGAAAAAAGCAAUUGGUCUAGAAGCCAAUCAGAACAGUCUUCUCAACAGAGUAGUCAUAAAUAUAAAUCUUCACAAUCCAGUUAUUCCACUCACCAAUCGGAUACCACUGUAACACCUUCACCUCCACUUCCUCCCAAGAAAAGGUCAUCACGCCCUCAGUAUCCACUUCCAGAUGAUCUUCCUUGUCAAGACCAGCCUCAACCACGGUACCAGUGCUCUAGUUCCUGGAAGUAUGUUGGGGAUGUCAACAUCCUAAACUACAGUGACUUUAUGAAUCGUCGCUUGAAAUGCCCUGAGGGUGUCUCACGCCUGGAUCAAGUCUCCUUCACCACUGGAAACUUAUGUGGACCCUGGUAUGACCUCUGGGAAGAUGACCCCUCAGUGGCCGACGUCUAAUUUGUACAAAUCAGUGUUCAGUUUGUUAAGAAAUGACAGUCAAUACACCAAGUUAUUCUUCCAGAUGUGAAAUAUAUUUAAGGGAUUUUAAAUCUAUAAGAACCACCCAUUUCAAAUUAUUAUGUUAGCCAAAAUGUGUCUGUUUACCACUUACAUUUCUGUCAUGCAUGUGUCUAUAAUUAAGUCUUUUGUAACUUGGUUGGCUGUACUUUAAUGCAUUCCAUAGCAGAAGAAGCAUUGUUUUUUGUCAGUGUUUCCAGACAAUUUUUCAGAGGUGCCAAAUCUCACAUUUACUUGAUAAAUAUUUCAGUUUUGGACCUUUGAUUACAACAAAUGUAUUUUUAAAUAUUUUUUUCAUAUAUAUAUAGUAUUGUAGUUUCACAUGUACUAAUAAAUUACAACUGUGUUUGCUGCAGUAGCUAAAUCUUUCUUUCUAAAUGUUCAUAUUCAUUUGCAAUCCCAGAUCAAAUUGAGAGUAAAUUUGUUAUAAGAAUCUAAGCAAACAGACUGCUGUAGAAGAAUGGUAAAGACUCCAAUUUUACCUGAUUUUCCAUACACCUUUUGCAUAAUAUAUUGUUUCACUGUCAUGAGUUAAGAGGACAGUUGUACUGUCACACUAUGUCAAAGUGAAAUUACCUGGAUUCGGUACCUCUAUUCAGUGCUUUAGCUUAGAAAACAUACAUCCUCAUUUGCUGUGCUGCUUUGCUUCUCUUAAGUAUUUAUUUGUUGUUGAGUUUUCAGUGUCAGCUAUGCUAUCCUCUUCCUGUUUUAGAUGCUAUUCAAAAUGCCUUACAAAAUCAUUCUUUGGAGCCAAGCAAGAGACACUGUUAAAUUUGUUUAGUUCUCCAUGAAAAAGGUAAUUUGCUGUGGUAUAUAAAAGGUUGUCAAAACUAAGCACUAAACCACAAUGGUCAUAAAAAUGGUUGUCAAGGCUUGUUAGGUUAUCUAUAGCAUGUUAUUUUAGCUUAUAACAACUUUUCCAAUCAGAGUUUGUUUAAUUAUAUUUUUUUAUACUUUUAUUGUAAAAGCUGUUGUCUGAAACAUAUUCUAAAAGAACCUGGCCUAUAUUACUGUAUGUAUUUCAUAAAGUACUCUUGUAUUUAACAAAACUAUUUUUAUCCCAGAUAUUUAUGUUUAUUCUGCGCAAAGUUACAAUUCAAAUGCAGUAUAUAUAGCUUCUCCUCACUUAGUGACAUACUCGUUUACCAAUGACUCGGACUUACGACCAGUAUGCAUACUUAAAUAAUGUAUAUUAUAGCUGAUUUCCUCUAUUCUGUUUAUUACAAUAUACAGUAUAAAUAUUUAAAAAUAUACUAAAAAUGCUGUAAAGAGUGAAAAGGUGACAUUAAAACAAUAUCAAAGAUGGCUGACACAAACUCACUACCAUUAUAGUAUGCUCCUUGCUUAGCGACAAAUUCAUUUACCGACGUAGUCUUAGGAACUGAACUCCAUCAUUAAGUGAGGAGAGGCUGUACUAUAUGUAUACUGAAAGAUGUGUAUUUUCUAGUGGGUCACCUUACCUCAGUGAGAGAUAGUUGAUGUGUUAAAGUAAGACUCUGAGAGGUGUCUAGUUUUAGCUUAUAUGUACUGAGAAGUGUGUAGAUUUAGCUUAUAUAUACUGAGAAGUGUGUAGUUUUAGUCUGUAUAUACUGAGAAGCAUGUAGUUUUAGUCUAUAUAUAUAUUGAAAAGUGUGUAGUUUUAGUCUGUAUAUACUGAGAAGUGUGUAGUUUUAGUCUACAUUUUAUAUACUGAGUUUACUUCAGUCCUUAUUUUAGGGGAUAAAGUAUUCUUCAUUUUGGUGCAUGGUUGAAAUGUAGACACAAACACCAAGAAGUGUAUAUAUCUCUCAGUGUAUAUUUCACUGAGUUUACUUUAAUUUCUACGUCGGGGAUAACAGUAUCCUUUAUUUUAGUGUCUACAGAGAUUGUAUCAUGACUGACUUUACUGCAAUUUAUACCGAACAACCUAAGUCAAGCUCUAAUAUUUCCCACAGUUUUCAGUUACUCAGGUAUUGUUUGAAGAGUACUCAAGAUAUUUUCUCAUCUAAUUGUGGUUACAGGGGUAGAGUCAUAGCUCCUGGCCCUCCCUCUUCACUAGUCACUACUAGGUCCACUCUCUCCCUGCCCCAUGAGCUUUAUCAUACCUCUUAUAAUAAUAAUAAUAUCUUUAUUUCUUUAAGUACAUGUACAAGGUAUACAGGCCUAGUUGACAUCAAUGACAUACUGCAUUUCGGGCAAAUUAAGUCAAUUUUGUCCCAGGAUGCGACCUACACCAGUCAACUAACAUCCAGGUAUCCAUUUUACUGAUGGGUGAACAGGGACAGCAGGUGUCUUGUGGAAACAUGUCCAGUUUUCCAGCCGUACCAGGGAUUAGAUCCCUGGACCUCAAUGUGUGAGCUGAGUGUGCUAGCGAUCGAGCAAGCUAUGUAUAGAUCCUGCCUCCACUACAUCACUCUCCAGACUAGUAUUCCGCUUCCUGACAACUCUGUGACAGCAGAAAUACUUCUAGCAUCCCUGUGACUUAUCUGAGUCUUCAACUCCCAAUUGUGGCCCCUUGUUGCUGUGUUCCAUCUCUGAAACAUCCUGUCCCUAUCCACCUUGUCAAUUCCUCUCCGUAUUUUAUAUGUUGUUAUCAUGUCCGCCCUAUCCCUCCUGUCCUCCAGUGUUGUCGGGUUAAUAUCUCUUUACCUCUCUUUGUAGAGCGUGCCCCAUAGCCCCAGGACUAAUUUUGUUGCAAACCUUUGUACAGCUAUGCUUGUUUACAGUAAGAGAGUGCCUUGAAAUACUUUUACAUGUGGCCAUCUAGCCAUGUCAUAAUUCUAAGGUUUUUGUAUAUACACGGAUAUCUGCUGUAUAGAUACUGUUUGUUUAAUAAUUUUCCUUUGACCUUAGUAAGCAGUCCAGAGCAUAUCUCUCUUAACCCUCUGACUGUUUUGGUUGUAUAUAUACAUGUACAUCUUACGAGCCAAUGUGUUGUGACG